CGCGUCUGAAGCACCCAGCGACUGGAACCGGAAGUGGGCCCUAAGCUAGGAGGAAGAAGCCGGCCCGGCCCCGUCAGCAGCCGGCCGCGGCUGUUCUGAGGAACUGCGGCCGCGCUCCCGUGAGCGGGUCUGGGGCCCGAAGGUGCGGCGCCAUGAAGCUGUACAGCCUUAGUGUCUUUUACAAAGGCGAACCAAAAGCGGUGCUUCUCAAAGCCGCGUACGAUGUGUCUUCCUUCAGUUUCUUCCAGAGGUCCAGUGUUCAGGAAUUCAUGACCUUUACAAGUCAACUGAUUGUGGAACGAUCGGCGAAAGGCAGCAGAGCUUCUGUCAAAGAACAAGAGUACCUUUGCCAUGUCUACGUCCGGAGUGACAGUCUGGCAGGUGUGGUCAUUGCUGACAGCGAAUACCCUUCCAGAGUGGCCUUUACCUUGCUGGAGAAGGUACUAGAUGAAUUCUCCAAGCAGGUCGAUAGAAUAGACUGGCCAGUAGGAUCCCCUGCUACAAUCCAUUACACAGCCCUAGAUGGCCACCUUAGUAGAUACCAGAACCCCCGGGAAGCUGAUCCCAUGAGUAAAGUGCAGGCCGAACUGGAUGAGACCAAAAUCAUUCUGCACAACACCAUGGAGUCUUUGUUAGAGCGAGGCGAGAAGCUUGAUGACUUGGUAUCCAAAUCAGAAGUCCUGGGAACACAGUCGAAAGCCUUCUAUAAAACUGCCCGGAAACAAAACUCAUGCUGUGCAAUCAUGUGACAUAGCCCACAGAGGCAGGCGCUGGAUCGUCACGUCACUUCAGCCCCUGGAGACAAGCAACAUCCUAGAAGAGGAUCUGGAGCCAGGCAGACUGUCUACUUUUAUUUUGAAGUUCCCAAGAGGAAUGGAGGAAUGAUUUAAGGGUGGGAACAUUGACGUUCGUAUGUGUGGUUGUGACUUUGGGAAAAAAUUUGAGCUCAAAGAUGUAAUGUUGGGAAAAUGAAACCAUAAACUUUUAAGUGGCUCUUAUAGGUGCUGAAGGGCUUAUUCUCAGCUAACCCUGGAAGGCUCUAUGGGAGGGAAUCUUUUUCCUGAUCCUUGGUAUGACUUAGGAUUUCAUUUGUGCAUUAACAAUAUUAACUGUCCGGUGAAUGGGGUGGGGGGAGGGACCCGGGUGAUAGGGCAGAGUUUGAACACUCCAACAUUCUACUGCCUUGCACUGUGGGGGCUGGGAGAAGUCACCAUGGCCGGUAACAGGCAGUGGUCACUAAACAGGCAGUGGUCACUGGGUCUUACAUGUUUAGCUUGCCUGUCUGCUAGGACUGGCAUUUGUCAGGAACAGGGCCCAUCCUAAGUACCUUUAUCCACUACUACAAAAAUGACUUAUAUGAGGUACUUAGAAAGGGCCAAGCUGGGCAGGAUGUGUAAGGACAGUUUUAUCAGCUAGCAGACUGCGUGUGGGCUGGGGCUGUUCUGGCGUUGGCAGGGUCAGCUGGGAGUGUCCAACUUUGGGGAAGAAGCAGAUGCAGGUGCCUUCAGUGUCCAGUGUGGAGGAACACUCACCUGGAUUGCAGUUGGGCUUUGAACAUCAAGAUCAAAGUAUCGGGUGCUGCCACCUCUCAAAGCUGGUUUGAUUUGUCUCUGUGCCCACAAGAUUGUUCUGGCAACUGCCUGGGGCUUGCGUGUCGGACAAGUCAUUCUUGUGGGUACCAGGACAAGUGCCAGCAGCCUCCACAUUUCCACUGCCCACCUCUGGUCUGUCCAGUUCUGUCUCACAAGCCCUUCCCAACCAGACAGCUGCAGGGUGGAGGAUGCUGAGGGGUUGGUCUGAGCUGGUACCAUUGCCAGCACAGCCUACAGGGUAAACCCAGAAUGUGCCAGGUUCCACAUCACCUCUUCAUGUUCUGCUGUGCACAGGCUAUAUCGGAGAAACCCUGUCUCCCCAAAAGCCACUGCUGCGAUGCUGGCCUCUGAGUUAUGAGCCAGAGUUGUCUCACUCUGAUGUCCCUACCCUGAGCCUGCUGAGCUGCCCUCAGAAUGCCCAAAUGGGGAGGGGGACAUCUACUAUGGCUUCCAAAAAUCCCCACUAGUUGCUGUACCUAUUUCUCUGGAUACUGCUAGCCAAAGGGCUCAGGCUCCCCCUAGAGUGGCCUGCCCACGUAAUUUUCCCACUGCCACAGACCUUUCCAACCCAGGGUCCCUGGACGGCACAGUGCUGCUGGCACUUGUGUAAUAAGUGGCCUGGGUGCGCGUCUUUCUCUUGUUGCUCUGGGGGUCCUGGGGAGGAGUAGAGGUGGGCGGAGGUAGGAGUUUGUGGGGGAAAGGUAACCUUUGCCUACGUGUGGCCGUCCUCCAGGGUCUGCUCGCUUACCCUGCAGUGGAUGAGUUGUCCUGUGUUUCCCAUCCCCCCACCAUAUUCUAAUGUUAAAUCACUUGGCAAGAGUGUAUUUUAAUAAUGCCUAAUUCCUCUAUGUUCUGUCUGAAGGUUUCUGUCCAAAUAAAAUUGUCUUUUGAAAUUCA